AUGCCUUCCCGGCCCCUGCGGACCUUUAGUGUCCAGCUCCGUCUAGCUGAAACUAAUGAGAUCUUCUCACUGCCUCGAUGCCAAAAUGACCUGACUCUGAAGAAGCUUAAGUCCCAUUUAGAAUUGUUGACUGGGAUCCCCCUUCAUUUCCAGCGGCUUCAGUACCUGGAUGAAGUAGAUCUGCCAGAUGAGUCUACAUUUAAGGACAAUGAUAUUGUCCCUGGUGGAACGAUUACAAUGCGCAUCUGGCGACAAGAUGGCUGGGGGCAUCUGGUGGCAGCUGCUGCAAAAGGAGAGACUAUGAAGCUAGCCCGUCUGGGAGUUACGGAGGACUUUGCAGGCACCACGCCGCAUGCAGAGUUACUGGGACCAGAGCAGAAAAAGGAAUGGGUAGCACACCGAGCUUUUGUGGCACUGUUUGUUGCCAGCCACAGAGGUCGUGUUGAAACUGCCAAGUUUCUUCUGAGACAUGGUGUGGAUUUGCAUUCUAAAACCCCGCUCGGAAGGACUGCCCUUCACGUCGCCGCUGUCGCGGGCCAGUGUGACUGCAUUGAACUGCUCCUUAGCUAUGGGGCACGAGCUCUUGGCCCAGACAGCGAGGGACAAACUGCGGUGAGCCUUGCCCGCCUGUGGGGCCAGGAGCAGAGUGAACGCACCAUGGUUUGCUUCCAGUGGAGGAAGAGAUCCCCUGGCGCUGGGCCACCCGCCAGCGCUGUGAGUCGGGCCUUGCAGCAGACGUCUGGUCCCUCGUCCUAA